AAAUUACAAAAAUGGGCAAAUCCAAAGGCUCAUCUUCUUCACUAGCCAGUAGCCACAUCAUCGUCCCCUCCUCCACCCACAAGCUGCUCAGUGCUCACUGCUUCGAGCUUUCGCCUCUCCUCUUCUCCAAACACAGAUGGCGCAAGUACUGACCAACGCUUUCCUCCAAAUCAAACCCAUCUCUCCUCCGCUGCUCUCCGCGUCUAAGGCGAAGGCUGUGGCCGGAAGGAAUGGCGGCGGAUGCGGAGGUCUGCAGGUAACGUGCCGGAAGAAGGAGAUACACCCGGAGUUCCACACGGACUCCAAAGUGUACUGUAACGGGGAGCUGGUGAUGACCGCCGGCGGGACACAAGAGGAGUACAACAUUGACGUUUGGUCCGGCAACCACCCGUUCUACCUGGGGAACCGCUCCGGCGUGCUUGUGGACGCGGACUAGGUCGAGAAGUUCCGGAAGAAGUUCGGUGAGCUGACGCAGCUUAUGCAGAUCCCUGUGCUCAAGGGCGAGAUUGUUUUGCCCAGCAGGAAGAAAUCCGGAAAGGGCAAGAAAAAGUAGAAAGAACA